UUAUGACCCUAUUGUUGAAGGUAAGAGAAGUAGGUGAUAAUUAAUUCAUUUAGGUAUUCUGGGAAUAUUAAGGCCUUUCUGGUCGUUUAGAUUUUAUUGAUAAUGAGUUCACAUAUAAUGGAAACGCUUCAAUUAUAUUUAUAAUUGACAUUGGCAAUGUAUCCUACACAAUAUAACACAUGCCAAUUUUUAGCAUAGUAAGUGAAUGUGGAAUAUUACCAUUUUAUAUCUAUAAAAUUGUACGUAAAAUGUUUUAGACGUUGUAGAAAGUGCAUUUUUUAGUUUUUCCAAGUAAAAUUAGCUUAGCUGAAUCGAUGUUAAUAAGUGGAAAUGACAGGUUUGAAAAAAAUGUUUACAAAAUAUUGUGCCAUAAUAUACUAAACUAAAUAUGGAUUUACAUCCAAUGGUGUGCAAUAAUAAAGAAGAUAAAAUAAUGUCAUAAAAAAAACUACUAAAAUAGUGUUUACCAAAAAAAGAACAGAUAAAAUAAGGUAUCAAUAUAAGCAUGUCUAUCUAGGUAAAUUCAAAUUGCUGCUCUAUUUAGAUUAUAAGGAAUCAAAUUGAAUCAAAUAAGUAUGGUAAAUUCAUGACAGAAACAGGGCUCAGCUUGAACUAGUUGCAAGUAAUCAGGCUACCUACAAAAAAAAAAGGAUCUCAAACUCCGAAAAUGAGCGAAUCUGAGAAGAAAUGGUCCUGCGAUUAUUGUACAUAUGAAAAUUAUCCAUCGGCUAUUAAGUGCACCAUGUGCAGAGGUCCCAAACCUUUCGUCAAUGAAGAUAUUUACAGGUUACACGGAGAAAAGAAUAACACUGAAGAUAAAUUUUCCUCUACCAUCGGAUCAGCCGCUGGACCGAUAGAGAAUAGGCCGAAGUGCGCGAAAUGUACAUACAACUUGACAGGCAUUUGUAUCAUUUGCGGUUCGACUUCUCUGUCUGCUCAAACACUGCACGAACACAUCCAACCAUUAAGGAUUACCCAGAACUCCGAUUUAGCCCAAAGCUUGUCCCAAUCUAGGAAUAAUAGCCCUCCAGCCAGUUUAACUAAUAUAGAAAAUUCCCGUAGGUCGUCGCAGGCCAAAUGGAUGUGCUCGUUGUGUACUUAUGAAAAUUGGCCAAAAACCCAAAAGUGCGCCAUGUGCGGAACGAUCACCCAACGAUCCCAAGCAUCUAGUCUAAUAAUUCCCUCGCCAGAUGAAAUAUGCGAAUCCGAUCUCAACCAAGAGGACAGAUUCAAAGAUUAUAUUUUAGAUUCGGGCCAGAGCCCCAAUAACCUAGAAAACGAGCGUAAAUUGAGGCAUCUGCGUCGUCACGCCGACUGGCGUUGGCUGAACGCCUGUAUAGGAGUGAUAGACGGCGAUCCGAAUCCUGUGGAGGCUUAUCUUUCUUCAGGCGGGGAUCCGGCCCGUACUUUGACAGCUUCUGAAGUAGCCAUUUUGAAUAGAAGUUCCGCCUUCGAUGUAGGACAUACUUUAGUACAUUUAGCUAUAAGGUUCCAAAGAGAAGAUUUAUUAGCCGUUCUUUUAUCCCAAAUAGAGGGUUCCGGAUCGGGCGUGAAAAGAGUACCUAGUUAUGUGGCUCCGGAUAUCGCAGCUGAUAUCAGAAGACAUUUCGCUUCUACCAUACGUUCGAGGAAGGGAAAUUUUCCUUGCAAUUUCGUUACCGAAUUUCCCACAUUCACCUUACCUGCAGAAGUUGACGAGCUUCCCACCGCCGUUCAAGACCAGUUAUUUAACGAGUUACUGGACAAAGACGCUCAGGAACAACUUGAAACAGAUCCCGCCGUGAUUAAUUGGUCUUUGGACAUCACCGUCCGUUUGGGAUCCAGAUUGUACGCAUUGUGGAACAGAUCGGCAGGCGAUUGUCUCUUGGAUUCAGUCAUGCAAGCGACUUAUGGCGUCUUCGACAGGGACAAUAUGCUUAGGAGAGCGUUAGCUGAGAGCUUGGGCCAAGGAGGACAUAUGUUCUAUCCGAGAUGGAAGGAGUACGAAUCCAGCCACGCUUCUUUUCUUCAGUAUUCAUUGGAAGAGGGCCAAUGGGAGGAAGAUUGGACGAGCUUACUAUCGCUGGCUAACCAGCCUGGAACGAGUCUCGAACAAUUGCAUGUGUUCGCUUUGGCUCACGUCCUUCGCCGACCGAUUAUCGUCUACGGGGUCAAAUACGUCAAGAGUUUCCGCGGUGAAGCCAUCGGUUUCGCCAGAUUUGAAGGAGUUUAUUUACCUCUAUUGUGGGAACAAAGUUUCUGUAUCCGAACUCCCAUAGCGUUGGGUUAUACUAGAGGCCAUUUUUCGGCUUUGGUACCUACGGAGCCUUACAGUAGGAUCGAUUCUAGAUCGCCGCUUCAGCACAGCAACAUGAAUCCGGAUCACAUGCGCAGCACGUUUUUGCCUUUGAUGGACAGAGAUAGAAAGCUGUUGCCCAUUCAUUUCUUAACGGAAUCGGAGUUGGGGAGAGAAGAAGCGAUCCUACGCCAAUGGUUGGACGUGUGCGAAACUGAAAACGGAAUUCUAGUAGCGCAACAAAUGUUACAUAAAAGACCUUUAUUAGUUGCUCAAAUGGUUGAGGAAUGGUUGAACCAUUAUAGAAGAUUAUCGCAAAUGACGUCGGCGCCGUUCGUGCGGCCCCUCCCCAUCCAGGACUAUUCGAGCGAGGGCGAUACGGACGACGAAUAGCGCAAGUCGAAGUUCGUGCUUGAAUAACACGAAACAAGUAGUGAUAAUUUAGUACCUAAUGUUAAUAAAUUUUCUCGGAGAGACACAUGAUGGAUGAUUCAUUGAAUGUUUCGCUUAGUUUUAGGCGGAAGUAAUUAUUGAAUUCCUUGUUGGAAUACAUAUAAAUGUAUAUCAAUUUUUUUUUUCAGGGGUUGUUCAAACAGUUAAUUUUCAAAUUUAUCGAGUCCUUUUUUCAGAUAACCAUUAGCUCAAGAUAAUCGUUUUCUAAAUGAAAUCAAUAGUUAUUUUUGUCUUUAUAUCAAGUUAAUGUAAAUAAGUAUAUUAUGGAGAAAUAGAAAAGAAAAAGUUGCACUAUAUAAUCGAUGGGAUUGAAUAUUUUUGCGGUUUUUACGCGUAUUUUUUUAGAAGUAUAUUCAUCAUCCCUAUUGCCCUGUGUGUGUGCAGCAUCAUAGACUAAUUGACAGUCAUUUGUCAUAAUAGGGUGGUCCGGAAUAAGUGAAACAAACUUUGUGUAUUAAUUUUUAACUAUUGAGUAUCAUAAAUGGUUUUCAAUUGUCCUAACUCUGAUUUAGUUUGAAUAUAGAUUUUUUAGUUUCUUUUCGUCAAUAUCUGUAAAGUAACGUAAUAUAUUAGCAAAUAUAUAUGUCAAAUAGCGUGAAAAAAAAUAAGUUUUCAAAUAUUUUGUUAAUACCGUUUUUCCUUAUAUUUUCAAUAUAACAAUUUAGUAAUGUUAUUAAAAAUUAACCACACAAAGCUUGUUCUAAAAUUUUCGGAAAAGUCGAAAAAAAAAUUGAAGAAAAUAUCCUUUUCUAGGUAGCUAAGUACAAAAAAAUAUAGCCAAUUUCAAAAUUUUCUAUUGAUAAUAUUCUUUUAUCAUCUCUUUAUAUUAAAGAGAAGUAGAAAUUUAUUUCUAAUUUGCAAUUUACGCUGAAACGCACGCCGGUAGGUGUCAUCAGAAUAUAAUUCACUCUACUUAAACACAAUUUCUAUUCAAAAUGCGUUUACUUUAAAAUUUAAUAAUAAUAAUUGGAAUAAACAUUUUUUUUUUUUUCAUUUGAAUACUUCUAUACAAUCUAAUAAGAUUUGAGUCACAUAAAGACAUCGAGUGUCCUGUAUGUAUUAAUUAAAAUAAAUAUAUUUCCAUCUGUCAGCUAUUAAAAACUUAGUUUAUACAUUAAAAACACUAAUGAAGGUCGAUCAUCCACGUAUUCCGAACUAUUUUCGAUGGCACUAUAAAAACUAAACAAUAAAAGUGCAUAUUGCAAUCUAUAAUUGCACCACCCUAUCCUACCUACAAAAUUCGAAACUGUUCAGUUGUUAUAUCGAUGAGCUUAUAACCGAUUCCAGUAAUCAAGACAUGUAAUUACAUCUUUAUUCUGUUGCAAUAGUAAUGGUUUAAACAAAGUGAAGUUUAGCAUCCGUUUCGCUCCAAUGUAUGUGAUUUUAGAGGUUUUUCCAAGUUUAAUGGUUAUUGUAAAUUUUAAAAAUUAAUACAGAACAGUAGGUACUUGUGGAUCUUGACCCAAAUUAGAAAAGUGUUAAAAGAUGAUUUAAAAUUUUUUUCUAAAUUAAAAUUACAGGAUGAAAAAUGAUUGCUUUCACCUUUGUUUGUUCAAUUAAUCUAUAAAGGUUGACAUGCCCAAGAACAUUUCAAAUCAUCCUAAUGACAUUUAUUACAAUAUGGCUGUCCAAUGUCAAUAUCACUGCAAGAUAACUUUGUAAAAGAUCCUAAAUGUCCAGUGUACCAUUUUAUCAUAAAGGAUAAAAAAAAGAAAACAAAUAUGAUCUUAAAUGUUAGCACAAGUGUCUUGUAUCAACUGGAAUAAAUGCAGUAAAGACUAUUUUUGUUUGUAAUUGAUAAUACAUAGUUUUAUUACCAAUUUUCUGCUUUAACUUAUUUGUUGUUUUGUUGGGAUGUUUUUUUUUUGUUUGUUAUUUGAUGUUUUCGUGCUGUAACAUAUUAAGUGUGCGGAGUAAGUAAGUAGUGAGGAAAAAAUGUGUAAUUUAUUAUAUUUUCAAAGUCAAAUUAUGUAUAAAUUGUUUUUACACAAAUAUUUAAUUGUAG